AUGGUGUCGGAGCAGCUGCUUUCACGAAUCUUCUUGCUUCAUCCCCACGGAACCGCCUGCUUCACAAAUACAAUGGUGACGCGAUAUGCAUCAAGGUUGCGGCUGUAUGCUGAGUUUCUUCCGAAUAUCUCCCAGAUCGCGGUCUAUGUGACGCUGGCCGACUUGCCAAACUCCAGCGAAACCCAGAGUAUCCUUGAAAUUGUGCCCUCUCGAGAUGAGCUUUUGCUUUCAGUCGGUGAUCAAAAGCGGUCCCUACGACUUCCCGCUCGUGUGGCUCCCAGUGCACCAAGCUAUUUCCCGCUUCAACCGGGAAGUGCUAGCAAUAUAGACCAAAGGGAAUUUUCUUUUCGUCUGCAGGUCGACGAGGGUAGCCAAUGUUUUCCAUCCCGCGAUGCAUCUACUCCCCAGAUUCCGUGGUCUGCCAAACAUAUGUCUGCGGAAACACAGAUAAAAUGCCGAGCUUGCGGAAAUAUCCUCUUGGAACCCCAGGGAGGCAACCGAAUGGUAUGGAAGGAUUUACCAAGUGCAAACUGGGCGGAGUUAAUGGAUAUCUGGCACUGCCAUAAGCCGGAUUCACAUGAAGAUGGAGAUCAUAAAGAUAAAAUCACGCAUAAUGGUCCUAUGUCCACUCACAAUGAGAGCGCUGCUUCAAAAGGGUAUGGUGCUGGGAAUCACACUGUAUGCCAGGCUGAUACAGUGCUUGUUGAUGUUAUGAACUUCUACGUGACAGAAACCAAUGCUGUUGGGGUAGAAUCCAUGCUCCAUGGUUUAGUUUCCGAUACUGCUGCCCAAGAUUAA